CCAAUCUAUUCAAUCUCAACACAUCACCUCACCUCACCACCCAAGCCUCCCCAUUCCUCACCACCACCAGCAAUGGUAGUCCACUCCAAACCGCCAGCAAUGGAACAGUUGUCCAAACCUAACCACCGAGCUGCAUUCAUCCCCCUCAUCGACCUCUCCAAGCCUGACACCAAAGCUCAGCUCGUCCGAGCCUGCGAGGACUUCGGCUUCUUCAAAGUCAUCAACCACGGCGUCCCCGCCGACCUCAUCCGCGACCUCGAAUCCGAAGCUCUCCGAUUCUUCUCCCUCCCCCUCUCCGUCAAGGCCCAGGCCGGCCCACCCGACCCCUUCGGCUAUGGGGACAAGAAGAUCGGCCACAAUGGCGACGUCGGGUGGCUCGAAUACCUCCUCCUCACCACCAACUCCAGCUCCGAUUACCAUAAAUUCUCCGCCAUCUUUGGCCGCGCCGCCGAUAAAUUCCGCUGUCUGGUGAACAAAUACAUCGCUGCGGUGAGGAAGAUGGCCUGCGAGAUUCUCGAAAUGGUGGCAGAGGGGCUGAGGAUUCAGCCGAGGGAUGCGUUCAGCAAGCUGCUGAUGGAUGAGCAGAGCGACUCUGUUUUCCGGGUGAAUCACUACCCUCCGAUCCCAGGCUUUCUCGAAUCCGAUGGCCGGAAUUUGAUCGGAUUCGGCGAGCACACCGACCCUCAGAUCAUCUCCGUGCUACGAUCCAACAACAUUUCCGGCCUCCAAAUCUCCCUCAAAGACGGCCGGUGGAUCUCCGUCCCGCCCGACCACAACUCUUUCUUCAUUAACGUCGGCGACUCAUUACAGGUGAUGACUAACGGAAGGUUCAAGAGUGUGAAACAUAGAGUAGUGGCCAACGGAUCGAAAUCGAGGCUAUCGAUGAUUUACUUUGGAGGACCGCCAUUGAGUGAAAAGAUAGCUCCAUUGGCAUCACUCAUGCAAGGGGAAGAAGAUAGCUUGUACAAGGAAUUUACAUGGUUUGAAUACAAGAAAUCGGCUUAUAAGUCAAAAUUAGCUGAUAAUAGACUAGGUCUCUUUGAGAAGAUUGUAGCAUCAUGAUCUUGUGUGUAGGGUUUGUAGUAGCUAGUUCGAUGUAGGUGACAAACUUCGAGUCAUCUCCUGUCAAACGAAACACGAGAUUCAAAAUGUGAUAGUGGGGUUAGAAUGACGAAACUUGUAAUUUUUCAUUUGCUUGUGGUAUAGGUCAUGUAAAUGUUCUUGUUGAUUAAUAUAAGGAUUAUUGCAUCACUAAA